AUGUUUGGCUGGCGCUUUGAAGAGGUGCAGUCGGAGGAGAACUCCUUCGCGAUCCAGAAAUGCCAGACGAUGCCCGAGUUGCCUGUGCUAGACCUCACUUGGGCACCAGCACCACUGGAAGAAGAGCAUGAAGAAGAGGAGGAGACGAAGGAGGGCGUGGCGUUGGAUGUCCAGUGCCGACCGAUGCCGUUGUUGCCCAGCCUUGGCAUUGAGCCAGAGAGCGACAUGGAGGCGCUUCGGGAGAAGCCGCUUGUUUCCGACCGUGUCGACAAAUGCACGCCGACGCCCCUGCCCAUGAAAGACAUGGUCACGUCUGGAGAUGCCGGAGACCAUGCACCACUUACUCAGGUGCCCGUUCCCGCGGCCCCGGCCCAGCGUCCUGAUCCGUCCUCUUGGCCGUUUCCUGCGCGCAUGGUCCAAGAACAGUCGAAGGGCGCUGCUACCCCUGCCUCUUCUUCACGCGCAACGGCUGCAGGAUGGGUGAUGACUGCACUCAUUGCCAUGUCUGCGCGCCCUCGGAGGUCCGUCGCAGGCGAAACCGUGUGGCUCUCGAGAUGA